AUCAUCCACUCUCUCUCUCUCUCUCUCAAACACAAACCAAGAAUCCUCCCUUCCUCUUCUUCUUCUCUCUAAAUCCUUGACAGAAUCCUCAUACCAAACCACAGCAGCCUUUUGAUCAAAAACCCACUUCCUCUGCUCCAUAUUUUGAUCCCCAAGUUUGGCUGGUUUUAUUGGUCUCUAAGAAAAAAACGUUGAAUUCUUGCAAUUAUUGAAGGGAUGCAGAUGGGUUUUGUGCAAUCGUGGGUUUCUCUGAUAUGUUUGAGCUAGACAUGAAGUUUGUUGACCAAUAAGAACAUAAUUUUGAAGAACUUCUUCUUUGCCAAGCUUGGCCACUGCGAAUUUAGGCAGUGCCAAUGGAUGCCACAGCAAGCGGAACCCCAACCAUACAAUACCAUAACAUUCCUGACCAGCCAAUUACCACCAUUGUUGCCACUCCUGUACCAACAUAUGAAAGGCGGCAACGCCAUUGCUUUGGGACCUCCUCAACCCCUGGAGAGUUCCCUUUAGCUGCCAACCCCUCAAUUGUCCUUCAUGUCCUUACUGCUUGUAAUUUGGACCCUCAAGACCUUGCAAAGUUAGAGGGAACAUGUUCCUUUUUCAGGCAGCCUGCAAACUUUGCUCCUGACUUUGACUUGUGCAUAUCUGAGCUUGCUGCUCUGGACAUGUGCCAAAAGAGAGCUAUAUUCAAGCCAAUGACAACUGAACAGCGUCAAGAAUUGAAGCAAAAAUGUGGCGGUUCAUGGAAACUGGUCCUGAGGUUUCUAUUGGCUGGAGAAGCAUGUUUCAGAAGGGAGAAAUCGCAGGCAAUAGCUGGACCUGGCCACAGCAUUGCUGUGACUUCUAAAGGAACUGCCUACUCAUUUGGUUCUAACAGCUCAGGACAGCUUGGACAUGGCACAACUGAAGAGGAAUGGCGGCCUAAGCCAAUCAGAUCUCUGCAAGGCAUACGAAUUAUUCAUGCAGCUGCUGGCGCUGGUAGGACAAUGCUGAUCAGUGAUGCUGGGAAGGUGUAUCACUUUGGGAAGGACUCUUUUGGUGAGACUGAGUACGGGGUUCAAGGAUCAAAGCUGGUUAGCACUCCACAGUUGGUUGAGUCCUUGAAAGAUAUAUUUGUGGUGCAAGCUGCAAUUGGAAAUUUCUUCACAGCUGUGCUGUCAAGGGAAGGCAGGGUAUAUACAAUUUCUUGGGGAAGUGAUGACAAACUUGGUCACCAAACUGAACCAAAUGAUGUUGAGCCCCAUCCUGUGUUGGGAGCACUUGAGCAUGUACCUGUGGUGCAAAUUGCAGCUGGGUACUGCUACCUUCUUGCUCUGGCUUGUCAGCCUAAUGGAAUGUCUGUUUACUCUGUUGGCUGUGGCUUGGGUGGUAAACUUGGGCAUGGUUCAAGAACUGAUGAGAAGCAGCCGCGACUGAUUGAACAGUUUCAGCUUUUGAACCUUCAGCCCAAGGUGGUUGCGGCUGGUGCCUGGCAUGCUGCUGUGGUUGGCCAGGAUGGACGGGUUUGCACAUGGGGUUGGGGUCGUUAUGGGUGCUUGGGUCAUGGGAAUGAAGAGUGUGAAUCAGCUCCUAAGGUUGUGGAAGCAUUGAGCAAUGUGAAAGCUGUGCAUGUAGCUACAGGAGAUUACACAACCUUUGUGGUUUCUGAAGAAGGGGAUGUGUACUCAUUUGGCUGUGGAGAAUCAGCUAGUCUUGGACAUAACUCCGCUGCUGAUGGACAGGGAAAUAGGCAUGCAAAUGUAUUGGCUCCAGAGCUUGUGUCAUCACUCAAGCAAGUAAAUGAGCGGGUUGUACAGAUCAGUCUCACCAAUUCGAUAUACUGGAACGCUCACACUUUCGCACUCACUGAAUCAGGGAAGCUAUAUGCAUUUGGGGCAGGGGACAAAGGUCAACUAGGAAUUGAGCUUGUUGCCAAUCAGACUGAAAGGGGAAAUCCAGAGCUGGUUGAUAUUGAUCUCAGAUAGUUCAUCAAUAUCAAUACUCAAAUCCCUUUCCCUACCUCACCAUCAAUCCAUCAUGCUUCAUUUAUCCUCUAAUUUAUCUUCUUCGUGACUGAUUGCAUUUCAUGUUUAGAUUUCCAUGUCCAUUCUUGUACAUAGAAGAAACAAAGGAUUUGUGAAGGUCCAAGCUAGGUACAUAGGGACCUAAACAAAUACAUUGGUUGAUAU